AUGAGCUUGCAUCUUCAAGAGGAGUAUAGACAACAGCUUGCGAAUGGAUGCGAGAAUGCUGUUUGCAGCGGGGUGUUUUGCAAUGCAGAGCUUGAGGAUGAGCUUGUGGAUAGAAUAUCCGAAACGCUUUCUGGAUAUGGAAGUGUGUUUCUGUGCAGGAACAUGGACCGAGUGGCUGAUGGGUAUGGAUGUGCAGGGCAAGAUGUGCUGAGAAUGAGAAGCAAGGUCUUGAACUUUUUCUUUUUUGUGUGCCUGAAGACUGUGGGGCCUAGGAAAAAUGUUCGGUUUGAAAGCACUAGUGCAGGGGAUAGCGAAGCAGUGAGUGCUUGCGGAUGCUAUGUUGGAUGCAAGCAUAAGCCAAGCAGGAAGAAGUGCAAUGUGAUGGAAAGCGAUGAAGAAGCUGAUAAGUCUGGAGCUUUGGCAAGAGGAUGUUGUGAUGAGGGAGCAAGCAGGAAUCAGCUUGGAUGUAUGAAAGUAGAUGAGAUGGCUGAAGAAGAGCUCAUUAUGCCUGAAGGAGCGGAUCAUUCGAUUUGUGAGCUGCUUUCGAAUAAAAAUGCAGCCUCUGCUGAAGACACACACCUGAUUGGGUCAGUAUUCCGAUUGCUUGUUAGGAAGUAUGAAGAGGUGCCUCAGUUUACUCUUGGAAUGGUUAUUUUACGAAUGUAUGGAAUGUUCAGCAAGCAUUGGAAGCUUACAGGUAUAAACUACCCGAUUUUGUGUAAGAUUCUGCAGAGCGUAAGAUGUGUAUACGGAGAAAUGGCAAAGAGAGCAGGCUUGUGCGAAGGGAUUGUGUGCAGCUAUAGGAGCAGGCAUUAUAAGACAAAUAAAGCAAUGUGUGUGUAUCCUUCGAGACUCACGAAGGCCGAUCUUACAAUGCUAGUCAACGAGGUGUCAUGCGGCUUGAAUUCAUCUGCAAGCACGGAGUGCAGGGAGGAUACAAGGGUUAACGGGAUGCUGAGCAUGCUGUAUGUACUGUAUUGCAUAAAUGAGGACUAUGGGAUAUUAAGCCACAAGAGAUUCUAUCUCCAUGAGUUCUGUGAAAGGAUGGAUUUUCGCGAGGAAUUCAAGUACCUGCGUGCGAAGUCGAAAACAGCAUUGGAGUAUCCCUUUAUUCUUCCUGUACACAUUAAAGCGGAGCUCAUCAAGUGCGAGAGCAACGACAGGAUGAAGAGCUCGCUACAGGAUUCGUUCUUCAAGUCGCUUUUUGAAGGCCACAUAGACCCUUACUUGUUUGUGACUGUCGAUAGGGAAACUGUGUAUAGAGACAGCAUUGAGAUUUUCAAGCAGCUGGAUCCUCAGGAUGCAAGGAAGCAGCUCAGAACAACGUUCCGGAACGAGGAAGGAGUUGACUCUGGAGGGAUACGCAAGGAGUAUUUCCAGCUGCUGAGCCAUGAGAUCCGGGCGGACAGUAGGCUGUUUGAGCAUGUGGAAAACAAGAUCUGGAUCAAGGCAGGAGUGAAGGACGAGUGCGAGUAUGAGGCCGUCGGUAGGAUCAUUGCAAUAGCACUCUACAACAACAUUGUUCUGAGCAUUCCCUUUCCCAGGCUUUUUUUCAAGAAGCUGCUUGAGAAGAAGCCAACGAUUGAGGAUCUUGCUGAGAUAUCCCCAGAUGUUGCCAUGUCUUUAAAGAAGCUAAGGAUGAUGUCCAAGGAGGAGAUUGACUUUCUCGAUCUACGAUUUGUUUCAGAGUACUUCGAAGAAGGCAAUGCCAGAAUUCAUGCGCUUGUUGAGAACGGAGAAAACAUAAGAUUGACUGAAGACAACAUAGGCCUGUUUGUGGAGAAGUAUUCUGAGUUUUAUACGGAUGUUCUUGUAAGGCCGCAGUUUGAAGCACUCAAGAAGGGAUUCUACUCGGUUAUGGAGAAGUGUAAGCUUGCAUAUCUGAAUCCAAAGGAGCUUGAGAAGAUAAUGAUGGGAUCGAAUGGCUUUGAUAUCAAAGAAAUCCGGUCUGCAACUACAUAUUCUGGAUUUACUGAGGACUCCUCGGUAAUUGUGCACUUCUGGGAGAUAUUUGAGGCGUUCGACAAGAAGAAGAGAAAGAAACUUCUGCAGUUCAUCACAGGGAACGAUAGAAUACCGGUGUCUGGGUCUGUGUCGCUGAAGCUUGUGAUUAUGAGAAAUGGUUGUGAUACAGACAGACUUCCGUCGUCACAGACAUGCUUUAACACAUUGCUUCUUCCUGAGUAUUCGUCCAAGAAUAAGCUGGAGAAGAAGCUAGAAACUGCACUUGAGCUAACAGCAGGGUUUUUCCUGCUUUGA